CUCGGACUUGAUAGCUGGGAAAGGUAAUGGUGGUUUUAAGUAGAACUUUGAGGCAACUAACCUGCCUCAGGCCGCAAUCUACGCAACCAGCUAGAGGCUCUGUAGGGAACGCUAGAGAUGGGCGAUAAGAGCGACAUGGAUGACUGGGAGGAGGGAGGAUUGGAUGACGACGAAGACAAUUGCGGUGACAACACGAACAAUACUAAGGACAACAACAACAAUAACAACAACAUCAAUAACAUCGGCGUCAACGACACCAACAACAACAAUAACGAUAACAACAACAACAACGGCGACGGCGACAACAACAAUGACGAUGGCGGCAGUGAAGAUGAUGGCGGUAGAGACGACCAUGGCAACAGUAACAACAACAUUAAUAAUAGCAACGACGACAAUACCAAGGACAACAACAACAACAACAACAUCAAUAACAUCAAUAACAUCGGCGUCAACGAUACCAACAACAAUAAGGGCGACGACAACAACAACAAUGACGAUGGCGGCAGUGAAGAUGAUAGCGGUAGUGACAACCAUGGCAACAACAAUAACAACAAUAACAACAAUAACAACGACGACAGCAGCAGCGAAGUCCACGGUGGCAGCAUGGUGGCAGCAGGGUUGAGAGCGGUGUCCGGGCAUCUCAAGUCAUCAUAGCCACGAUGGGAGUGAUGCCGCAAGCGGAUGUGG